AUGACCGUUUCAGACCAGGAUACCAAGAUGGAUGUCGAUAUUGUCACCCCCAACGACACCCCUGACUCACAUAUACACCUGACCGAUCCUCCAUCGACACUCAAAGAUGCAUCACAAGCCUUGCAGCCAGCAGCUCCCACCAUAUCUACGGACCCAACGGCACCCUCACAGCCACCAAACAAUCCCGGAGCUGCAGCUGCAGAGCCAAUGGUUCAGGAUCAACAACCCCAGCAACAGCCUCAAACGCAACCUGUUGAACAAUCUACACCCAGCACUGCCGCAGGCAUUGCACCAGAGAUCUCAGCAACAGCCGGACCUGAAGUGGACGGCGAUGGUGACGAAGAUCUCUACAAGAGCAGACACCCCUCGGCCGUCUUUCGCCCUCAAUUGGAUGACAUUGUUAUGGACCAGGAUCUGCUCGACUUUUACGAACAGCUCAAGUUCCUCGUGUCGCUCUCGCCUCUCAAGACAGCCCAGGUCCUCUACGCAUUCUCACUGGCAACAGAACACCUUUCGCCAGAGCUGGAGGUUAGGAGGUCGGUCCUGGACUUGAACAGGAGGGCAUUCUCGUUCUAUCAGGAAAACACGUGGUUCACUGUCGAUCUAGAGUCGAAAGAGGAUCUGAGCGACGAUGAGGCAUACGAGUCCUCCGACCCAAAGUUCAGGAUCCUGCCCGCUCGCCAUGGUCUAUUCCCCGCACUGCAAAAGCAGCCAUUCGGAUACCAGUCAAAUCCAGCAUACUACAACCCCUACCCACCUUAUCCAUAUCCAUACUAUGCUGAACCUGACCAUUACCUUCCAGAUAACGCGGAACCUCGUCCAGCAUCACCAAGACGUCAGGAUGGCGAAGGAGAGCAAGAACAGGAACGUCGACCUAGGGAUCGCGAGCGGUCAAGCCGGAGCCACCGCCGUGGAACCAAAUCAAGCAAACGCAGACGCUCCAGAGAUUCGGAAUCGUCCGUCCGCCCAUUAGGAUCCGUGACCAAGAUCCGUCUGCGCACUUCAGGAUACGACGAUCGAUCACCUAAAAAGUCGAGACGUGACCCAGAUUCUCCCUCGCUGUCGAGCAUGGAUGGCGUUCGCAAGCAUCAUCGCCAGGGUACUGAGACGGGCGACGCCAACAUGGAUCCGACCCAGCGGAAGGACCCUGAGCGCCAUAGAGACAGGGUGCGGGAUGCAGACUACGAGAGGGAGCGGAUGGAGCGUCGCUUGGCCAGGAAGCUGAAGAAGCAGGCUCGGGCUGGUGAACAUGCCUCAGGCGAUCGACAGAAGGACGGUGGCUCAAGCCAGACAAAGAUCCGACCCCUCAAGAUCACCCUUGUACAGUCUGGAAAGUCGGGCUCGAACUCUGCCGCUCAGGACUCUGCUACAGACGGCACAGGACAUAACGUUUCCAAGGCAUCUCAGAGCUGGAACCCCAACGGAGAUCACGCGGACAGCAGUAGCAACGCGCAUCGCAGCAUUCAACCUCAGAAUAACAACGCAGCGGGCUCAGCAGACGAUGGUGCCUCCGCGACCAGUGGCCAAAAGCCCGCCAACAUCAACACCCAAACCCCUCAGCCCAUUCCACGGAAACCCAAGCACUCACACGCAUUGCAGGCAUCGCCUGUCCAAACAACGUCUACCCAUGGAGGUCAAACAGCUCCAGGACCAUUCUCGAGCGACAAGUCGGACGAUAAGCUCAAAAAGGGAACAUGGACUGCCGCUGAAGAAGAGAUCUUGCUGGAGGCUGUCCGAGGCCUGUCGAGCGAGAACUGGCAUGCUGUUGCGCAGAUGGUUCCUGGAAGAAACGCGAAGCAGUGUAUGCAAAAGUGGCAAACCGACUUGGACCCUCAAAUCAACCGACUGCCCUGGACCGAGGCCGAAGACGAGAAGCUGGUCGAGGCUUACCACAGAUACGGAAACUCGUGGCAGCAGAUUGCCAAGAUGGUCGAGACCCGCACCUGGUACCAAUGCUACAACCGUGUCCGUGCCAAGAGCGUCAAGACCAAGAUCCAGCAAACUACAGGAACUCAUCCAGCGAGUAUUGCGAAUGGGGGUAUUCCUGGUGGCCCACGCCCAGAAGGAUCCAAGCCUGGCUCGAAGCGGGAUGGUGAAAAGAGAAAAGGACAUGGAUCUCAGGGUGGCAUGACAUCUGGACUUGCUUCAGGACCCAGCAUGGAUUCGCAGUCUCAGUCAGGCCCUUCACAACCCAGGCCGGCGCCUUUGAGUGGCGAGAGCAACAGCAGCAACAGCAACUCUGGAGACUAUAUCCGCGUGAAGGGACAGCAGAUGCAGGGCGUUUUGGCUUUGGGACCUUCAGCACAAGCACAGGGACCCACUGCGGGACAUCGGGAUCAGCCAAUCUCGUCUCCUUCGCAAGGACCUCCUUCGAGCACUGAAGGCGCUACGCCCAGCACCUCCAGCAGCGACUAUCAUCGAUCCUCGCCAAUGAGCGCACGUCAACAGGACGUGCCCCAGCAUCAAGGAGUUAAGCCAGCGUCAUCGACGCCGUCUCAGGCGACAUCUCAGGCUCAGUUCCAACCCCCUCAGCAUUUGCAUUCACCUCAGCAAUCUCAUCAACAGCAUCACUCUCAGCAUCAGCAGUCGCCACAACAACGUCCUCCACAGCACCAAGCAUCCCCACAUACCUCUCAGCAUCAGCCAUCGCAACCAUUGAAGUCGGUCAAGACGGAACCGCAGCAACCAACCACACCGCAACCAAAAUCAGAUGCCGGAUACUGGCCUCAGCAGCCAACAUCUUCGUCGAGUCCGCGCGCAGGAUCGCCCAAGGGAUACCGUACUCCUCAGCUCUCUCAGGGUCAGCAGCAGCAGCAACAGCCGUCACCACACCGUCAGCACAACCACAACAUCUCUCCAGCACAGUCGCAAUCGCCAUCGCAUCAGUCGCAGCAUCAUCAUCAGCAAGGGAUGCAGCCACCACCUCCUCCCAGCUCUCACUCCAACUAUCCUAGUCAAUCUCCUGGACCUACAGGGAUCCACAUGACGUACGAGAGUCAGAGCAGCAGCAAUAGCAGCAAUGGUGGCAGUGCUACAGGCAAAAGUAGUGGCGCAGGUUUGGGAAUUCACCAGAGUUACCCGUCGCAACAGCAGGCUCCUGCACAACAGCAAGGUCAGCAGAGUCAGCAGAAUCAGCAACAACACUCGAGCCCAUACCAACAGCACCACCGCCAGCAGCCAUCGCCUCACCAGCAGCAUCUGCAACAGUCUCCACAACAACAGCAGCAGUCACCUCAUUAUCGCCAAAAGUCGUCCAGCAACCACCUUCGUCCUGUGCCUCCAUUGUCUGCAACUCUUUCUAAAGGCCAGCCGCCCUCGUCUGCAAGCUCGUCGUCACCCUCCAUCUCGAUGCAGCCUCAGCAUGGAAACCGCCCACCACCUCCACCCGUGAGUCAGAAGAGCCAUAGCAGCAGCUAUUCGCCCUCGACAUUGCCACCUAUCCAGCAACACCAUGCUGCAUCCCAGCAGUCGCCAAAGCCUUUCUCUGGAAAUCAGCGUCUACCCAGCUUUAAUGGCCCACCAUCGUCGUCGACUGCUUCAACGACCGCAUCGUCUUCGGCGUCGUCCCCACACCCACUGCUCCCGCCUGUCCAGGGACACUCCCAGCAGCCAUUACCGCCCUUCCAGGGACAACGACAACAACAGGCUUCUCCCUCAUCCCCUCCACCACCCCAGGCAUUAGGAUCUCAAUCAUCUUCGUCUUAUUCUUCAGGACCUCCACCCUCGAUAGUCACGUCUGCAAAUAUGACACCCCCAGGACCUGGUAGUAGUGUCCAUUCGACAUAUUCGACUCCUGUCCUCGCACCGCCACUGUUGUCGCCCACCCUCGCCAACUCUCCCACGGGCGGGUUUAUCUCGACGUCUGCCUUGUUGAUGAUGGCCAGGAACGCGCAGCAGCAACAGCAGCAGCACAGGCAGUCGCCUGGUGGGGGAGGACCUAAUAGCAGCACACCUUCUACAUCCAUCCCUCCUCCUUGA